CCCAGUCGGCGUGCGGGAGGUGGUCACGUGAAUGUCAUGUGAUCGUGGUUUACGAUGGUUUCGCCAGUUGUUUUCGUGAUAUCAGCGGUAUUUUGCUGUAUUGUUUUGCCGGGACCUGCAUCAUGUGUGGACCCACAGCGCAUACAGCAACAAAUACUCUCAUAUCAGAGUGUUGCAGAUCAAAUUAUUCAAAGAUCGGUGUACGGAAAAUCACAAAAUCAGUCGUAUGAAAGAUUAGCUACAUUUGUUGACAAAUACGGAAGUAGGUUGGUUGGCUCCCAGAAUCUCGAGAACUCGAUAGACUAUAUGUUGAAUGUGUUGAAGGGAGAUGGCCUAGAAAAUGUUCACGGAGAAGAAGUGACGGUCCCCCACUGGGUCAGAGGUAACGAGUCCGCGACAAUGCUACAGCCCCGGGUACAUCCCAUGGCUAUUCUUGGCCUCGGAAGCAGCAUAGCGACACCUCCAGAAGGGAUAACGGCAGAGGUUCUUGUCGUGAAAACAUUUGACGAGCUUCGUAAGAAAGCAGGUUUGGCUAAAGGGAAGAUUAUUGUUUACAAUCAAGACUGGGUAGAAUAUGGAAUUACUGUUGCAUAUCGAGAGAACGGCGCAGUGGAAGCUGCUAAGGUUGGUGGCUUGGCGUCAUUAAUACGAAGCGUGGCGUCAUUUUCCAUCUACAGUCCCCACACAGGGAUACAGGAAUAUAACGACAAUGUUACUAAGAUCCCCACAGCCUGCAUCACAGUUGAAGAUGCAGAAAUGAUGUACAGGAUGUCUCAAAGAGGGGAAAAGAUUAUCGUUAAUUUGAAAAUGGAGGCUAAAAAUCUGCCUCCGGUUAAAUCCCGUAACACAGUCGCAGAAAUCAAGGGCAGCACGUACCCUGAACAGGUUGUAUUGGUGAGUGGGCAUUUGGAUAGCUGGGAUGUCGGACAGGGAGCGAUGGAUGACGGGGGCGGGGCAUUCAUCUCGUGGCAAGCUCUGUCACUCAUCCGUCAGCUCGGACUCCGCCCUAAACGCACAAUGAGGAUGGUAAUGUGGACGGCAGAAGAACCCGGCCACGUUGGUGCAAUACAGUACUGGCAGAGACACAAGAGCAACGUCAGCAACUACGAUCUUGUGAUGGAGUCGGAUGGGGGUACCUUCACCCCCACGGGACUGGGGUUCACUGGUAACAAGGCUGCGACGGUUAUAAUGCAGGGUGUGCUGAAUCUUCUGAAGUCUAUCAAUGCUAGCAAGAUGACAACGCCAGCUGAUGGCGGGGAUGUUGCCAACUUCAUCACAGCCGGCGUCCCAGGGGCCAAUCUCAACAAUAUGAAUGACAAGUACUUUUAUUUCCACCACAGCAACGCUGACACAAUGACCGUUCAGGACCCACACGCAAUGGACUUGUGUUCUGCAUUGUGGGCAGUUGUAAGCUACGUGGUAGCUGAUAUGGAUCAAAUGCUGCCUAGAGACAAUGCUGUUUAACAAUAGGCUAAUACGUGUGUGUGUGAGUGAGUGAAUGUUUCAAGCAUGCAAGGGCCAUCCGAGUGAUAUCUUUUAUUGUAAACAAUGGGAAACCAUGUUGACUAAACUUUAUUACUCUACUUUCUGGGGAAUAAUUUCAUCAUUUGAAACCAACUUUUCUUCAAAAUUCAUGAAUUUGCUUUCUGAAGGAAAUGUUUCAACUGAAAAAAGUCAUCCGGAUAUACGUAUUACAUAAUCACUCUAAAACGCUACAUGAUAUUAUUGACCUUUUUCUUUAUCAUAGAACACUCGGGUAUUGCCUUCUUUGUAAAUACACAGAAUACCUUACUCUACUCUAUACAUUCGUUUCAAUUUUGGAAUUUCAUUCCGUUGUAGGUUAUAUUUUGAUAGAUAUUUAGUAGACUCCACAUAUUUACCAUUGACUUUUUAUUUAUUAUUAUUAUUAUUUUAAAAUCCAGUUUACACUGUAGCCUUUCAUUGCCACUAGCUGCUUACAUGGAAUGGGAACUUAAUAUAAACAGGCUGUUGUGUGUGUCAUGGUGUGACACAUCCUAUUUUGGUUCAGUUAUUCCAAACCUUAGUUUAAUUGGUUUAUCAAUUGGGUUUGUGCCAACUUUAAAAUAUCGAUCGACUGUAUUUCUUUCUCAAGUGGUCGUUUUAAUGUACAUGUCACAUAAUUUAAUAGCUAUGGUCAUUAUUGGCCCAGUCGUCACGGUCGUAAACCUGUACCCAGCGAUUAAAAUUGUCAAUUCAUUGGACGAGCUCCUGUGAUGUUUAUGCCAAUGUAUGGAUAUGUCAAUAUACCAUCAUACAUAUGUAAAUAUAUAUUUAAGAUUAAAAUAAAUUCUAUUUAUGU